CAAAGUGUCAAAAUGUCGGUCAAUGCACAAGUGCAUCUCAGUAAAAAUGAAAAUAAUAAAAAGAGUGAUAAAACCCUUAAGCCCUUAUUUCCCAAACAAGCGGAAUGUUCAUAUGUUUCCUGUUACUGUGAAGAAAACGUAUGGAAACUAUGUUCAGAUGUGUCUAUAAGAGUUCCAAUAGAGCUGGACAGAUGCUUCGUUGUAUUUAUUUCGAACCCAUGCCGCACUGUUCCUUUGUGGAAACAAAGGGCUGGGCGCGAGGACGAUCGCCUCGUAAUAUGGGAUUAUCAUGUCAUAUUUCUUUAUUCUGUGGAUUGUAAAACAUGUUUAGUUUAUGAUUUGGAUUCUGAACUUCCAUUUCCAACAUUCUUCCACAAAUAUGUGACUGAAACAUUUCGCACAGAUCAUGUCUUGAAGUCGGAUUUCCACAGAUUUUUCCGUGUAGUUCCUGCUAAACAAUUUAUACAACAUUUUGCCUCUGAUAGACGUCAUAUGAAGAGACCUGAUGGUUCAUGGAUCAAACCUCCUCCCCCUUAUCCGGCCAUCUGCACUUCAACCUCAACUCAUAACUUAGAUGAGUACAUUAAUAUGGACUCGGACUCUGGCCCUGGUGAAGUAUUUAAUCUGACUGAUUUUGUACAACGGUUCUAUAAAAUAGAGAAGUAAUACAAAAUGAAUGAUAGAUAGACAAAUUAUAAUUUUAAAUUUAUUUAUUACCAUAAUCUAUUUGUUUUGGUUUAUGGCAUAAGUUGAUUAUGUUUUAAUAAUCUUUUGUUAUGUUUUUAUUGUUAUAUUCUAUUAAAAUUGAAAUAUUUGUUUUAAGGGCUCCAAAGGAUAAAUAUUUUGGUUAAACAUUCAAAAACGAUACUGACUUGUCUAGAAUUUUGGGACAGUUGAUAAUAUAAUGAGAAAAGUGUUUUUAAAAUGUUAAUUUUUUAAAUGUUUAAUCAAAGUUGUAUCUCAAAGUAAGUUUGUGUUUAAAUUCAGCAAGGUUCUCAGUUUGAUAUUUAAUCGUUUAAUAAUAAAAAAAGUUAAACUACCUAAGCUUAAAUUCUUACAUUUUCGAUAUAACAAAAAAAGAAAUUAAACAAAACCUAUAAGUUAAAGUAUUUCAACAUUGCAUGGAACCUUUAAGUUUAAGCCGAUUUUGCAUUUACUUUUUUUAUUUUUAUAUAGGAUAUUUAUUUUAAGCUUGAGUAAUAAAAAAUAUUACCGUUAAAAAUAUUAUUGGUUACAUAAUAUUAUAUAUACAUGAGUAACCUUAAAUUUUUGAAUGCUUCAUAUAUUUACUAUAAUAAUAGAACUUAAAUAUCUUCAUAUUCUAUCUUCUUGAAUGAGUGAUACUGCACAAAUAAAAAUGUUAAAAAACUUCACUUACCUUCUAUCUAGAACAUUCACAGCCUUAUGAUCAUUGUUUAAUGGGUGAUUAGUUGAACAGUUUUAUAUCUUUUUCUUUCGAAUGUCAAAUCAAUAAUGAUAGAAAGAGAUAAAUCAGUGUUUAACUAAACAGCAAUGUUUAUAAGAAAGGCUAUUAUUAUUUGCAUAUACUAUAUAUGUUUUUUAUCGAUUUUUAAACAAAUGAAAAAAUUAUUAAGCUAGUAUAGUUAAAAUUAUUAUAUCCAUAAUCAAAGUAAAUUCAGCACUUAUUUCAUUUAAAAAAAAAUGAUACGACAUUUAUUGAAAUUAUAUAAUAUAAGUAUUUUUCCAUUAAAUUUACUAUUUGUGCCAUUUAAAAAUAAUAAUCUAGAAUAAGAACAUGCAGGAUGUUAUUCUUAAAUUUUGUAAUUACACUAUAAAUAUAUUAAUAUUGUUCUUUAUAUGACUCCAAAAUUCGUAUGGGUAAUAUCACCCACCGAGUU